AUUAUAAGAAGACACACUUCAACACAAAACGCCAAAAUGCCAAUUUUCUGAGUAAUUUCUUCACUUCUCAAUUUCUCAUUCUCAACAAUGAAUCCCUACAUUGUCACUAUCAUACUUCCCAUCCUCGCAACUCUCUUGUUCCGCACUAAUCACCCCAAACGCCGCGGAGUUCCAGUAAACUCCGCGGACGAUCAAGGUGGUGUGACAGUGCGGAACAGAAGAUUUGCUUCGCCGGUGGAGACGGCAUGGGAAGGAGUGAGUACAUUGGCGGAAUUAUUUGAAGAAGCAUGCAGGAAGCAUACGAAGAGAUUACUGUUUGGAACAAGAGUGGUUGUUUCGAAGGAAAUGGAGAAGAGUGGUGAUGGUGGAAAAGUUUUUGAGAAAGUUGAAUUGGGUGAGUAUGAAUGGUUAUCGUAUGAUGAAGCUUUUGAUAGUGUUGUCAAGUUUGCUAGUGGUUUGGCUGUGUUGGGACAUGGAAAGGAUGAAAGGGUUGGGAUUUUUGCUGAUACUAGGGUUGAGUGGUUCCUUGCUCUUCAGGGUUGUUUCAGGCGAAACGUGACAGUUGUAACUAUGUAUGCAUCAUUGGGAGAGGAAGCUUUAUGUCACUCAUUGAAUGAGACAGAGGUCACGACCGUAAUUUGUGGACAGAAAGAAUUGAAAACACUUGUAAAUAUUAGCGGACAACUUGACUCAGUGAAACGUGUGAUAUGCAUGGAUGAUGAUAUCCCAUCUGAUGCCUCAUCUAAUGGACAUGGCUGGACAAUGAUAUCCUUCGCAGAUGUUAAGCGACUUGGUAAAGAAAAUCCCGUUGAUGCUGAUUUACCUCUCCCAGCUGAUGUUGCAGUUAUCAUGUACACAAGUGGAAGUACUGGAUUACCUAAGGGUGUGAUGAUGACACAUGCUAAUGUUUUAGCUACACUCUCUGCUGUGAAGAUGACUGUUCCCAAACUUGAGAAAAAGGAUGUAUAUCUAGCAUACUUGCCAAUGGCUCAUAUCCUUGAACUAGCAGGGGAGAAUUUGAUGGCAGCAGUUGGGAUACCUAUAGGAUAUGGAUCUCCUUUGACCCUCACAGAUACAUCAAGCAAGAUAAAGAAAGGAACAAAGGGGGAUGCUACUGUGUUGAUGCCAACUUUAUUGGCUGCUGUACCAGCAAUUCUUGACCGUGUUCGCGAUGGAGUGUUCAAAAAGGUGAAUGCAACAGGAGGAUUACCAAAAAAGUUGUUUUAUUUAGCCUAUGAGAGGAGGUUGAAAGCAGUUAAUGGAAGCUGGUUUGGAGCCUGGGGCUUGGAGAAGGCUCUCUGGGAUUUUCUUGUGUUUAAAAAAAUCCGAGCAAUUCUUGGUGGUCGCAUCCAUUUCAUACUGUCUGGUGGUGCUCCCCUUUCUGGUGAUACUCAGCAGUUCAUCAAUAUCUGUCUUGGUGCUCCAAUAGGUCAAGGAUAUGGUCUUACCGAGACUUGUGCUGGUGGGACAUUCUCUGAUUUUGAUGAUACAUCUGUUGGCCGUGUUGGACCUCCUCUUCCUUGCUCAUUUAUUAAGCUAAUCGACUGGCCUGAAGGUGGAUAUUUAACUAAUGACUCGCCAAUGCCUCGUGGCGAAAUUGUAAUUGGUGGUCCAAAUGUCACUCUUGGUUACUUCAAGAAUGAAGAAAAGACAAAAGAAUCAUACAAGGUUGAUGAAAAAGGAAUGAGAUGGUUCUACACUGGUGACAUAGGGAGGUUUCAUCAAGAUGGUUGCCUAGAAAUCGUUGAUCGUAAAAAGGACAUUGUUAAACUGCAGCAUGGAGAGUAUGUUUCCUUGGGAAAGGUUGAGGCAGCUCUUAUUGUCAGCCCCUAUGUGGACAAUAUAAUGUUGCAUGCUGAUCCUUUCCAUAGUUAUUGUGUGGCACUUGUUGUGGCUUCUCAGUCCACAUUGGAAGAAUGGGCUUCAAAUCAAGGAAUUCCUUAUUCAGGUUUUUCAGAACUUUGCUCUAAAGAAGAAAGCAUCAAGGAGGUGCAUGCAUCACUAGUAAAGGAAGCAAAGAAAGUUCGUUUGGAGAAAUUUGAGAUUCCAGCAAAAAUUAAAUUGCUUUCUGAUCCAUGGACACCUGAGUCUGGCUUAGUCACUGCUGCUCUCAAGCUGAAGAGAGAGGCCGUCAGAAAGACUUUCCAGGAAGAUCUUCUGAAGUUAUACGCUUCAUAGGCUAACUAGUUAUUUGGAUGUAUCUAUUGAGGUUCUUGUUUUUUUUCAUUGAAAUGAAGAGAGAAACACUCAGGAAAUUUUGAAAUUCAUGCAUCAAAUAAUAGGGUUUUCAAAACAAUAAGAAAUAAAUUAAUGUUAAACCAUCA